UUAUACACAACGUUUCAGCACUUGUGUUCGUAUACUCGUUCACUGGCUCUUUCUCAUCUGAAGAGGUGCUGACAUGUUCUCUGUGAUGUUAUUUGUAGCUUGUGCAAAGCUUGUACAGCUCCUUGCUUUAGCGGUAUUCAGUUUCUGGUCCCAUGGAGCAGCUAGCCUCUUUGCUAUCAUUCUUCUGGAGGAAUUUCGAUCCCAGGGGACGAUAGCAUUCUGAGCCAGAUCAAAAUUGAAAUAAAGGCUUUCAUUAAAGUUAGGAGGGGGCAGCUACAACCGCACAGUUCUCCAUAGGAGCUUUCUAUAUCAAUUCAGAGGAAAAGUUGAUACUCUCCCCAAAUGGUGGCUUCUCACGAGAGCCUUCAUACAUAAACAUGAUCCACCGGAGGAGGUUUUGAACGUCAGCUCACAUGAACAGGCUCCAUUGGAUGGGAAAUGCCUGCGCAGCUGCACUGGAGUGUGUAUGUUUGUUGGUUUGCCGUAUCACAUUACAGCUUAAUGCUGAUGUGCAGAUAUUCUCAUGAUAAGGACACUGCCUUCAUAUAAUAAUAUGUCUGUGUGAGGAAACAUAAUUGAUUGAAUCCUUCAUAUGAAGCAAAAUGCUUUAUUUCGUGAGGUCAAAGUAAUGUUCUUCAUCUGGUUGUGUUGCUGUUAUCAGCUCAACAGGAAGACAAUGAAUCUGUGUGUCAGAUCAUCUACUUUUUCUACCAGAUGGUCUUCCACCAGGCCACCAGAGAUGUCAUCAUUAAGGACACUCAGGCCCCAGCCUACCUCAUCAACCUUAUGCACGACAAAAAUAUGGAGAUCCGGCAGGAGUAUGAUGAAGAGUGGGGGAAGAAGAUCCAAAGUGAGAAGUUUGCUGGCAUAACUCACAGUGGCUGGAGAUGGUGGAAAGCAGACAGAUGGAGGAAGCUGAGCCCUACCUGUACGGAGAAGACCCGGACCCCUGGAGCAGCCCGAUCUCUUCUACAGCACUGACGGUAUGAUGCCCCCUGAGCCAGGCCUCAGUCCAGACAUCUACAGCCAGUUCCACUUUCAGAAUGGAGACUUCAACACCUGGU